GUUGUGCUGAAGUGGCCCAAUGGCAGUGGAUGGACUCCAAUGUUUGGGCUGUGAUUGGAUUGCUGCGUUACCCCAGUCCGAAAAACGGUGUGGCACAGGCGUGUGCAGACUAGUAAACCAAAGACGCGGUGUUAUAUCUGGGACUCUCGGCCUUUUAUUAAAUCUAGAGUUUAUGUGGUGAAGAUGGAGAUUAGGCCUCUGUUGAUGUGCUUUGCUCUGUGCGUGGUCUACGCCACCAGCAAACCCACAGAGAAGAAGGACCGUGUCCAACAUGAAGCACCACUGAGCAGCAAGGAGCAUGACGAUGGCACAAACUUCGACUAUGACCAUGAUGCUUUCCUCGGAGAGGGGGAAGCCAAGACGUUUGAUGACCUGACCCCAGAGGAGAGCAAGAACAGGCUCGGUAAAAUUGUGGAUAAGAUCGAUGCAGACGAGGAUGGCUUCAUCACAGAGGCAGAGCUGAAAGCAUGGAUCAAAAAGGCUCAGAAGAAGUAUAUCUACGACAACGUAGAAAGACAGUGGAAGGAUUUUGACAUGAAUAAUGAUGGCAUGAUCUCCUGGGACGAGUACAAGAAUGUCACUUAUGGCACCUACCUUGAUGAUCCUGAGUCUGAUGAUGGCUACAACUACAAGCAGAUGAUGGCUAGAGAUGAACGGCGCUUCAAAAUGGCUGAUGGAAAUGGAGACCACAUCGCUGACAAAGAGGAGUUCACUGCUUUCCUCCAUCCUGAGGAGUAUGAGCAUAUGAAGGACAUUGUUGUGUUGGAAACUAUGGAGGACAUUGAUAAGAAUGGUGAUGGCUUUAUUGACCUGGAGGAGUAUAUUGGCGACAUGUACAACCACGAGGAUGAAAUGGACGAGCCAGAAUGGGUGGCAACAGAGCGAGAGCAGUUUUCAGAGUUUAGAGACAAGAACAAGGAUGGGAAGAUGGACAAAGAGGAGACCAUGGACUGGAUCCUGCCGGCCGACUACGAUCACGCAGAAGCCGAAGCCAAGCAUCUGGUGUACGAGUCCGACACGAACAAGGAUGGCAAACUCACCAAAGAGGAAAUACUCAACAAGUACGAUUUGUUUGUGGGAAGUCAAGCGACUGACUUUGGCGAGGCUUUAGUUCGACACGAUGAGUUUUAAUUCUUUUUUUCUAGUAUAAUAGAUAAUUACUUUUUAACCUGUUUUGGUAAAAGAAUAUAAUUUAUUUGAUAUUGCUUCAUCACAAUACAACACUAAUUCCUGAGAUUUAGUUCACUUGAUAGAUUGUUUUCCCUUUUUGCACACGAAAAUAUAUUCAUGACUUAAUUUUUUUUUUACUGUAAAGUGUGUUAGCAGUGUUUGUCUGAUCCGAUUUGGAAGCGUGGUCCAUGUACAGCAUUACUAUCAUUUCACUAAUUGUGUAUAUUUGUUUUGUGACGAGGUUUAUUCAGAGCUAUAUUCAAGGCAGUUGUAUACCUGUUGCUUCUGAUCUAUGAUCAGCUGUUCACAGUCCUGCUCAUUGGGAUACUGUAGAUACAGAAAGCUCUCAGAUUGGCUUCUUCUGAGGGAUUAUACAAGUAGGUAUAAAAUGCAUGUAUAUAUUCACACAUGUAAAUGUGAAUAUGUAUAUAGUUUUAUACAUAUAAACAUGUCUUGGCGCAAGCUUUGAUUUUAGAGCCAUAGGUCAUGAACCUCUCAAGGCAAUAUCCUUUUUUUCUUUCAAUAUUUAUUUAGAACAAAAAAAAACAUGUCUUGUUCAGUCACGCAUCCUUGAAUUUUUUUUUUAUUGAUAAUAGGAUGUUUGUUUUCUUAAAGACUCCUUGAUUUUGAACUUUAAUAGACACACUCUCAUUGUGCCUUUCACUGAAUGUUCUAUUUGAUAUGGAUCUUUAGGUUAGGGUUUUGGUUUGAAGGGUCCAAUCGUACAUGUUGCUGAAUUGUUUGUGGCUUACAGCUUCAUUAUUUGAAACACACUAUCAAUUAUGUGAAGUUUGAUGUUGCAAACAUAUGAAUGUACUUUGUGGUCCAUUAGUCUUUUGAAUGCAUUUUAGUUUUUCUUUAUAAAAUGUUUUGGCACCCAGGGGCUUCAGGUGACCUUCUUCAAGUGGUGCCAUUUCAGCACCUACAGAUUGUAUCUUGAAAACAACAAAUUGUCAAUAAAAUUAUGACUGAAAUUGAAA